UUCAUUUGGCACUUGAUUUUGGAUGUGACAAAGAUACAAGAAUUUAUUAAUUGAACGACAUUAUUUUCAUCAAGCAAUAUACCUUGACAUAUAAUAUGUGAAUAUUUUGAUUGGAUAAUAACAACAAUGAUUUUUUAAACAACUGAAAGCUUGACUUGAUAUUUUUUGAAGAAAUGGCGCUACAAGUUAAAUGCUAAAUAAGAUAACAGCGCAACUUAUCCUAAACUUUUCUAGUAUUAUAAUUUAAUAUAAUAUGGAGUGGUAUCACUGCUUUAUGUGAAUAAACGAACUGUUUUGUGAUUUAAAUGAAUUAUUGCGAAUCAUUGUAUUAAACUGUAUUAUAAUAUAAACAAAGAGAUAGGUUAUGGUUAUUAUAACAUUGAUAACAAAUAUUUUUAGAAUAGUAUUCAUAUAAAUUUCAAUCAUUGAAGAUAUCGUAUUCAAAAUUUAUUUUUAUAUAUAAUGAAGUAUUCAAGAGAAUUUAUUUUUUUGUCAAUUCAUAUUCUUGCAAUCAUUUUAUUUACUAAUUGUGAAGAUGAAAAUUAUUUUGAAAACAUAGAGGAUACAGAAGAAUUAGUAGAUCCACAUUCAUUUUUCUAUGAUAAACAAAGUAAAACAAUGAUUAAAGACAUAAAAGUGGACAUGGUAAAAGUUAUGCAAAACAAUAAUGAAGAUCAAAAUAAUUUGAAAUCUUCUAAACAAGCAAAUAAUUAUAGCAGUCAUGAAGCUAUUUUUUAUAAGCGUUUAAUUAAUUUAUUAUUAUCAAAUAUCCAUAUACAGAAUGAAGAUGAAGUAUCAAUAAUAGGAAUAUUGGAAAUUGAAAUAUCUCAUUCUCAAAUGGAAAUACUAAGAAAUUUCCAUAUUCAUAAAACAUCUUUAAAAGAAAUUGAUGAUAUUUUCAGUAAUGUAAUAAGAAAACCUCAAUAUAAUUAUGUAUCUGGAGUUAUGAAUAUAUUGGAUAUAUUACAUAAAGGUUUUCGUACAAUACUCCAAACGAUACAAGAGCAUCAAGAUGGAACUAUAAUUAUAUUUACAAUGUUAAUAGUUUGUUCAACAUUUAGAAUGAUAAUAUGGGGACGAAGAUUUUCUAUUUUCAGUAUCAUACAAGUUAUAUUUAUAUUGAGUUUUUUUAUGACUUGGUGGCAACUUAUAAAAGAGGCUGAAGUUAAAUCUAUUGCAGCACAAAUGAAAUUUUCAGAGAUACCAAUAUCAUGUCAACCAGAUAAAAUGAAUAUGUGGAAUAAAUUUGUUUCAUUGUUUUAUAAUGACGAUUGUGAGAAAUAUUAUGAAACAAUAAUGACUAAUCCAAAAUUAAAAAUUACACCUGCAUUUGUAUUAUCUCAUUUUAUUACUACUAUUGUUCUCCAUCCAAUUAUUCAUAUAGGAUCUAUCAUAUCUCUUUUUAUAAAUAAUGCUACAGAAAAUAUACCAUGGACAUAUGGAUGGAUUAUAAAAUGUAUGCUUUUCUUAUGUAUAGGCUUUGUUAUAAUAACAAUACCAUUUUAUUUGUCUGGUGCAUCCUUUAAUUUAGGAUUUGGACCAUUAUUCAAACUUGGAAUUAGCCAUGAGAAAAAGAAAGAAAAAGGUAAUUCAUUACAAAGUAUAGAAAACCGAGAACCUGUACAAAUAAUUCUUAAGGUAACUCAUGGUACCGACGUAAAUCAAAUAACAGACAUUCCAAUGAUCACGCAAUCGAACGUCCUACAAACUUUAAAAAAAGAAGAAGUAAUUGCGACGAAUAAUGAUUCUCAGAAAGAUUAUGAUGAUUUAUGUUGCGGUGAUGCAAUAACUAACAAUAAAUUAUUAAAAAAUGAUGAUAAAGGAUCUGAUAAAUAUGAGAGCUUUGAUGCAAUAGAAAGAAACGAUGGAAGCGGAGAUCGUUGAUGUACAUUUAUGUACAUUUUAUAUUAUUUUGCUUUUUAUUAUGUACAUAA